CUCCUCCUCCUCCUCCUCCUCCUCCUCCUCCUCCUCCUCCUUCUUCUUCUUCUUCCUAUCUUUCCAUCCCUCCCUCCCUCCCUCCUCGCUCUUUACCCUUCGCUCUUCGCUCCUCGCACUCCCUACGCCUGCCACACCCUUCACUCUUUUCUGCAGCCAACGAGAAGAGACCGAGCAGCCCAUAACCCCAACCAGGCCUCCUCCUCCCUUCCCAAGCAAGACCCUCCUUACCCCUCUUGCCCCUCUUACCGCCCCGCACUGCACACCUCCACUACCUCACACCUCUCAUCCCCUCACUCUCCAGUCUCGGACUAAUCCUCCAUUCCACCACAUGAUGAUGCUCUACAAGCUGGUCGUCCUCGGGGACGGAGGCGUUGGCAAGACUGCAUUGACCAUCCAGUUGUGUUUAAAUCACUUUGUGGAGACAUAUGAUCCUACUAUCGAAGACUCUUAUAGGAAGCAGGUGGUUAUCGACGAUCAAACAUGCGUCCUCGAAGUUCUCGAUACUGCCGGCCAAGAAGAAUAUACCGCACUGAGAGACCAAUGGAUCCGAGACGGCGAAGGAUUCCUUUUGGUGUACUCAAUUGCAGCUCGCUCGACCUUUGAGAGGAUAAAGCGAUUCCGGGACCAGAUCACACGCGUGAAGGAUACAGAUAACGUGCCAUUGAUGUUGGUCGGCAACAAGUGCGACAGGUUGACGGAGCGCGAGGUUUCGCGAGACGAGGGCUAUCAGAUGUCGAAACUUUUACGAUGCGACUUUACGGAGACAUCGGCCAAGACCUGUGUCAAUGUCGAGCGUUCGUUCUACAACGUUGUCAGGAUGAUCCGUCAGGCACGCGAUGGCGGCGCACCACAGAAGAAGCCUGUCAAGAAAAAGUCAAAGUGCACGAUUCUGUAAUAUGACUGACUACAGGUGCGGGAAGUAGGCGUGUUCGCAUAUAUUUAUUCUAUUUUUUAUUCACAUCAACAUCAGCAGCAACAUCAACAUCAACAUCAACAUCAUCAACAGCAACAGCAACAGCAACAGCAGCAGCACCAGCAGCGGCAGCAGCGGCAACGGCAACAGCACCAGCACCAGCACCAGCACCAGCACCAGCACCAGCA